AGUUUCCCCUCUAUAAAAACUCACAAACCAAACAAAGUUGACGAUACCAUUUGUCUCAUCUGCAAUGGCUUCCCCUGCCAUGAAACUCUCCAUCUUCUUCCUCCUCCUCACCCUCUUCUCCUCUCUCCCCACUCAUGCAAGAGACAGCCAGUUAUUCAACAAAAUCCCUAGCACCACCAACACCAACAAUGUUGUUGUCCCAACCAAUCAACAGGAACCCAAUUUCCUCCCCGAAAACGAGAACAGCUACGGCCUCUACAGCCAGGAGACCGGCCAAAACCCCCCUUCCACCGCCGCACAACCCCUCAACAAAUACCUCCCCAAGAACUACAACCCCGUCGCCUACGUCACCCAGCCCGAAUCUGAACAAGAAAGAACCUUCACCACCAACCCCAACAACUACUACAAUGAAGAGGUGAACAGGAACAGCUACUACAGUGGCGAGGAGAAUUACUACAACAACCAGCAGCCGCUUGAUGAAGCCGAGUUCAGCACCACCACCAACAGAGACAACGGCGUCGCCAACUUCUACUUAGGCAGCAGCUUCAACAGCGGCCCAGCCUUCCGCAACCGCGCCAACACGUUCCAGCCGCAGGGAAUGAGCGACACGCGCCACUUGGAAAACGGAAAGUAUUUCUAUGAUGUUAACUCGGACAAGUACAGCAGCAAUCACCCUUAUGAAACCUUGAAAGCUGCUCGCCCGCAGAAUGAUUUCACCAACACAAACUUCUAUGGAAACAAUGCCUAUGAAUUCAACCACAACACUGAACAACACUUCCAGGAUGAGGAAAACAUGCCUUGAAACUUAAUCAGGAGAAGGAGAUAUUUACUUUAAUUUACAGUCAUGGUGUUUUUAAGUUAUGGUUUUUACUGAAAACCAAACCACACAUUUUAUUUUAUUUUCAUGCUUCUAUUUUUACGGUUUUCGACUCUAAAAUAUUACAGUAUAAUAAUUUGUAUAUUAAAUGCUAUAUUUGGGAAUUGAAAUUUGUGUGUUUGUUUUAUUCAAUAUAAUUACACAUUUCUUUUAA